UGAGAACAGUUCGGUUUGCCGAUGCAGUGUACACUCAGACUGAAGAGACUGGGCAGAGAUCCUUGGCAGGUUUCCUCAUCUGUGGAUGAACAAGUACUGUGGCAAUCCUAAACUGACUACUUACUACCUAUUUUGGCUUGGUAUGCUUGGAUGUGACAAAGUGUAGAUCUCGCAACUGUUAGGGAAGAAGAACAACACAGCAGAGUUCCGGAGAAACCCGGAGCGUAACAGGGGGAGUUUCUGAAGACAAACAGAAGAGAGGAAAACUGCGUGAAAGAAGCAGAGUGGGAGAGGAGAAGAGACAUAUUGACAGAAAGAGAGACGCACUGGAGGUAUUGAAACAGAGUGAAGGAUACACAUAAAGGAGAGAGAAGACAGAAGAAGAAAAAAAAAACGUGGCCAAGCAUGAGAGAGGAGGAGCAGUCUAACGAUGACCACUCCGAGGGAGGGGUGCUUUCCAGCAAGGAGAACACGGGACGACUACGCUCUAACGCCUGUCCGGUCGUUGUAGCAACACCAGGGGUCACCGGGCAUAAACGGCAGAUGGGCUCGCAGAUGGAGGAUCAGGUUACAGCAGUUUCUCCCACCACAUCAGCGGACGAUGGCAAGGUAAAGCCCGGGGACGACAUCCAGAUCCACACCCCGACUGGACCCAAAAGACUCAAGAGGAGCCCUCAGCAUCGGCUGCCUUCCUCGGGCCCGUCCCUUUCUCCCGUCCCCGGUCCUAGUCCUGGAGGUCUGUCCCCCCUCGAGGACCCACACGGCCAGCGGGUCAUUGCCAACAUCCGGGAGCGCCAGCGGACGCAAUCUCUCAACGACGCCUUUGCCUCAUUGCGCAAGAUAAUCCCAACGCUCCCUUCCGACAAACUGAGCAAGAUCCAGACCUUGAAGCUGGCAUCGCGCUACAUUGACUUUCUGUACCAGGUUCUGCAGAGCGAUGACAUGGACACCAAGCUGGCUGGAUGUAACUACCUGGCGCAUGAGAGACUGAGCUACGCCUUCUCUGUCUGGAGGAUGGAGGGAGCUUGGUCCACCAUGUCCGCUGGACACUAAACCGAACUGAAAGCAAGGUUUGUCUUUUGAUUGUCGCCCCUAAUAUGGAUGAUAUAUCCUCAUGAGAUGGACAUAAUCUUAUAAGAAGUUGAGGGCUGAGGACACGUCCGCUCAGUGUGGACGCUAUUUCACACCUCAUCUUAGAUCAAUCUGCUUGCCACAGAGUUUUUUUUAUGAGCAUUUACACAGCUUAUUUUAAGCCACUAUCCCCUCAUUACAUGUCAGAUGUAACUAUGGACUCUUGUGAUUCUAUUGUUUUGCUUGUUAAAAAGCAACAUUUAAGUAUUAGAACAGGGAAAGCGUGUUCAGUGUAUGAUUCCUAGACAUUUGCACUCUGUGUACAUAGACGACGAAGACGGACAGGACAGGUGUGGGACAAAAAGCAGCCGGACAUCAUUCAGUAUUCAUUCGACAGUCUGAUGAUGGAGGACGUCCUGUCCUAAAUGCUGCCUCCACAUGACAGAACGCAUGGAGCCCUCCGCCCCAUCAGCUCUCUCAGGUUCUCAAGUUUGACCUCUGGUUUCAACCCCUGCAACACCCUUGAUUGUAUCACCUUAACGGCCAUCGUCAUCAUCAUCAUCAUCAACAUCACUACUAUCGCCAUCAUCAUGCACACUUUGAGCCGCAUUUAAACUUCACAUCAUUUCUGCCACUGGCUUGCAAGUGUAACAAAGUCUUGUAAAAUGUACAAAGAGCAACAACAAGAAAAUGCAGAUGAGGGACUGGAAGAAAGUGAGAACUGGAAAGACAAAAACAUUUAAAAAAAAAAAAAAAUGGAUGUUUCACGACAGAUUGGACCUUUGACUUUUCCAAACCCGCUCCAUUCCUACUCUUCCAAGAGCCUGACAUGUUAUGAAUCCCUGACCACCUCUGAACCCAGGCGACGGUGGAAAAAGUAGCCGUGGGCAGCCGUCGUCCUGACUAAAGUUUCUCCGCUUUAUACCCAAACCAAGCCCCUUUUGUUUCUUCCAGUGCCAAAAAAACUCUCCCCUUGAAAUUCUUUCCUUCUCGUCCUGGCCCAAACUUGCUUGCGUUGCACGAAAGCCGUGAUGCAGCUACAGCGCGCUGACGAGGAGGCGUAAUGAAAACAAACGGUCUCUAAAAGCCAUGAAUCAUGUGUGUCACCAUCAAAGGGGAGGCUGAUGUGGCUCCCCGCUGGGCUCCCAUAAACCACUGGAAGUGAUGGAGGAGCUGCUGAACCAAGUGACUGUGAUCCUCCCUGCACGUCUCUGCGCCGUGCUACAUUUCUGCUUUGAUGCAUAUGGAACUUUAUAGGUACCUCAGCUCUGGAGAAAAGGACCGUACAGGAAUACUGAUCAGGAAGCGGACUGACAUGGGGAAAGACAAAGUGUCAUUUACCACGAUGAAACGGACAGCACAGGUUGGAUUUGCGUUUGCAAUUUGUGCUCCCGACUAUUUGUCACGCAGUUAAAGCGAGACGCCCGACCCGGACAGCGAUUAAUGUCUUUGUCUGUGGUACACCGGUUUACAGACAGAGAGGAGCAUUUACUUGAAGUAUGUACAGUAUGCGGUGCUUUACGAAAAAAUAAAAAUAAAAAUAACUGA